AUCCCAACAAACAAACAAGAAAAUAUUUAUAUUAUUCCACGUGUCGUUGAUGUGCUCAACUUCAAUCUCCCAUUUCUUUGAUCUUCUUCAUUCUUCAACUUACAGCCAGAAAUUGCACAUCUGCUAUGGCGGAGCAAAUGAAAGGCGCGGCCGUAGGCGAAAAUAACUGCACCCGCAGUGAGGAAACGCUCCAGGAUGCCCUCCACCGUUUGAUUUCGUCGAUCAUCUACCCCGAAGCAUCGGCACCCCUACUGCAGCGGAUCAAGAUCUCUGUUUCGGAGAAUGUGCCUCGCCUUGGCGAAGCCUCCAGAAACACUAGCCGUUCUGUUCUGCAGUGGACCCGUCGUGGCAGCCCCCUUCGUGCUCUUAUCGUCAUUUCUGUUGGGACCAUUACAUUUCUUACCUUGACAGGAUUGCUUGUUUUUAUGCUUUUCUUUCUAGCUGCAACUGUCAAUGCUAUCAUCAUCUCUUUCCUCAUUGCUCUGGUUGCUGCAGGAGGCUUCUUGGCUAUUUUCUUUGCCUGUGUAACAGUUAUUUACAUUGGGGCCUUGUCAAUUGCUGCUUUUGUUAUUUCUACUGCAACAAUUUCAGCAAUUAUAGCUGCUCUUGUAGCUACAGGGUGGGUUGGAUUCUUCUUGGCUCUAUGGUUGGGUACUAAGAAAAGCAUGGACCUGGCAAAGCACUCGUUCACCAUGACUGGCUCUGCUCUUUCAUCUUAUUCUUCUGCUCAGCAUGUUCAUUGCUACCAGGAGCUGAACAAAGAUUCAGACUGAAACGCUUCGGUGAACGUAAGACCCCACUCCACACACUCAUUCAGCAUGGACAUGUUGAUUAAUCGUAGAUUAGAAGCAUGUGAAUGUGUUUUGAGUUUCGGCAGUUUUAGCAGCGAUAUAGUCGGUGUUCGGAGUUCAUUCAUUUUACAGGUGAAUGGUGCUUGUAUUUCUCAUCCUCUAGAAUUUAAAGGGGUGGAUGAUUAGCUUUUAGCCAGGAACCAAGUGAUCAGUGCUUUAUUAUUGUUAGAUUUUAUGAAGGAUGGAAAAAAAUGUUAUGUAAAAACAUAUUUAUAAAAUCGUUAAAUAAUUAUUGAUGGAGUGGUAAUAAAUUUUUUAUGCGACUUAUUGUGA